AUGGAGCCGGGUAGGUCAAGUAGCACUGUGGGCCAGUCCAGGGAAAGCCUGGUUAGGGGCGGCCAAAUACUCCAUGAUGUUGCGACCCGAGGGGUCGUAAAGACAGAAGAUGAUGAUGAUGAGAGAGAAAUCUUGAAACAAAUCGAGAGACUGGCAGAGGACAAGGAGCUGCAACGGCAGGCUAAGGAAAAGGCCGAGCUAGAGCGACAGGACCUGCAACGACAGGCCAAGGAAAAGGCCGAGCUAGAGCGACAGGAGCUGCAACGACAGGCAGAGGAAAAGGCCGAGCUAGAGCGACAGGAGCUGCAACGACAGGCACAGGAAAAGGCCGAGCUAGAGCGUCAGGAGCUGCAACGACAAGCACAGGAAAAGGCGGAGCGAGAGCAAAAAACGAAGGAACUGCAGGAGGAAGCCAAACGCCAGGCCCAGGAAAAGAAGGAGCUGGAGCUACGAGCCAAGGAACAGGAAGAAGCCGAACGACAGGCAAAGGAAAAGGAACUGCAGCGACAGGCAAAGGAAAAGGCAGAGCUACAGCAAAAAGCAAAGGAACAGGAGGAAGCGAGAUGCCAGGCCAGGGAAAAGGAGCUGCAGCGACAAGUGAUGGAAAAGGAGCGACAGGUUCAGGAGCUGCUGAAGGAAAGGGAGCUGCAGCGACAGGCAAAGGAAAAGGCCGAGCUUGAACGAAAAGCAAAGGAACAGGAGGAAAGCGAACGCCAGGCGAAGGAAAAGGCCGAGCAAGAGCGACGAGCCAAGGAACAGGAGGAAGCCACACGACAGGCACACGAGGAAGCCAAACGACAGGCACAGGAGGAAGCCCAGCGACAGGCAAAGGAACAGGAGGAAGCCGCACGACAGAAGCAUGAGGAAGCCAAGCGACAAGCAGAGGAAAAGGCCGAGCUAGAGCAAUUUAAGACAUGGAGCAGAGAGGCACUCAUGCAGGACAUAGACACACAGCGUGCCAAGAAGGCUGACUUGGCAGCCAAGCAGGCCAAGCUGGCCGAACUCCAGAAGCAAUUGGUGGAUGUACUAGGGGAGACUGAUGCACUGAUGCAGUCCCAGCAAGCGCCGUUGAUUCCAGGUGUUACCAAGCUGGAAACCCUGAGCCCCAGAGCCAACUCACUGACCCCAACGGAACCGCUGUCCCCACUGGAAACAUCGAGCCAAGAUGCUCAAGAUCCUUGGCCUAGUCGCAGCCUGUUUCAGUCCCCAACACCACCACCCGCCCAGAAGUCAAUGGCCACACCGUGUACCGCGACAAAGUCUCCCAGUAUCUCCCUGCCUUCCUCAGGAAACCUGCAGCUGGCCAUUCCCAAAGGCCAGCCACCAACCCCUGCAAAGGCACCUGCACCUGCAGACAAAGCCUCGCCGCCCCUCACCUCUGGUGCCAUCACAAAGAGGCUUAUGAGAUGUAUGGAACCGAAUGCGAAGGGUCUCUACAAGGUGGCAAAGUGCAUUCGCGAUCAGUUCAAUGCCGGUGGGGCAUCCAAAGACAAAGUGCUAAAGCUUUUCGCUGCCUGCGACCACAAGCCGGAGGUUUUCCUGAACAAGUUCUCCGUGGAGCGGGAGAAACACAUCGAGCUGGAGACCGAGGUGGAUUUCGAGUUCUUAACCAAGAAGGAGAUGGCUGAAGAUCAGAAUAUGACCCCGGCUGACAUCGAAGAAUGUGUUGCCCAAGCUGAGAACGACCCCAAGCGCAAGAUUCGGAAGAGAGACAGUCUGACUAUGACCGAGACGAUGGAGGCUGAAGCCUUCGGGAGUGGCCUUGACAUGGAAGUGGAUUUGGAAGAGGCCCUGGAGCAGGGUUCUUUGCCGGAGUCGAUGACAGAUGCAGCCGACGGGGCUGUGAAAUCGGGCCCUUUGAAUGAAGAUCUCAGCAAGCUCUUGAAGCUAUUCAGGCCUGCACCAGACGAUCGACGAAACUGGCACAAAUGCUGCCAGCACGUGAGCAACCAAAAAAAGAAGAUGCAGCCGCCGCACAAGAGGGUCAAGGGGAUGUAUGCAAAGAUCCGGGCUGUCUACAGUGCUGUGGACGCCUGUUGCGAGAAGCUACAGAAGCACAAGGCUGAGGGUGUGCUGGAUGGCUACAACGAGAAGACCAUCCUUCCGACCAUGAAGCCGCAGGCUGCGGGCAAGGCGCAACCAAAGGUGAUCCACAGCCCAGCCACACUCUUCGUGUGCUGGCUGAGCGAGUGGCCGAUGGCGCCAGCUUGUGUGAUCGGCGAGAUUGCUGAAGCUGUAGUUGCUGAUGGUAGUGCUACGCAGAACAUACGGGAGGCCACGAAAGUUGACAAGAGCCAUAGUGAACGCAAUGCACACAGAAUGUUCAAUAGAUAUGGCUUGGCCCUCCGAGUUCCAAUCUCGUAUAUGGACGUGCCGCAGAGUAGCAGCGAGGAUAGUGUCACGGUCCCGUACUUGAAGAUCACGGAUUUCCUCAAGCAUUUGCUUAACAAGUUCGAAGAAGUCUUGUUUGCAGGGCUGAAGGCGGAUUCCGAUGCUGCCCGAGAUCUUUGUUCUACCUUUUGGAGCCGUUACCAGAGCUACCAUGGGGACCAUGUGAUCUAUAGCGAAGUGCCUGCUAAAGAUAGAUCCUUUUGUGUUCCACUUCUGGUACAUGGUGACAAAGGCCGAACAUUGCAGAAAAGCCCCAUCUUCGUAAUGAGCUUCGAGUUAGUUUGGGGAAUCUCACCAAGCAUGCUCAAGAAGGUUGCUUAUGAUUGUCGCAACACUCGGUAUGACACCAAAGAUGGGCACCUCCAGUGGCACUGUGGCCGCCGUGCUUCGGGAAAGCGAACUUUUAGGGACAUGUGUUUCGACAGCUGCCCUCUUAGAUCUGCUGGUCGUUUCAACCCCGAAACCAAAGGCAAUCACCAGCGCCACAACAAUCGUGGGCACAGUUUCUUGAACCGCUUCCUGAUUGGAGCAAUCCCUUCCAAGCUCUACAGCCGAAAUGCAGAAGUGCUGCCGUGCUUGUUGAAGCAAGCCGCUGAGGAUCUCAAAGGCUGUUUCCAGGAGGGUCUGCUCCACGAGAAAUCUGGGAUGCGGUUCCGGUUUGUGUUCAUCGGAGCAAAGGGCGAUGCUGAGUGGCAUUUUGAUGCAGGGAACUUCAAUCGGUCAUAUCAUCGAACCGGAACCGUGAAUGCUGCUCCGAUUUGCCCGCUCUGUGAAGCUGGCACCGAAGGUGUAAGCUACACAGAUGUCUCUGAUGCGCCCGAGUGGCUGGCGAGUAUGGGAACAUCGGUGCCAUGGGACACGACACCCCCUCUAAACCUGGCCCCUUUCUCUACAACCUUCCCAGCUAACCUCUACAAGUUCGACCCCUUCCAUGUGUUGAAGUUCGGUAUAUUUCGUGAUGCUGUUGCCAGCACGAUCGUCAGAUUGGCACUGAUGGGCUACUUUGACUUGUCUGCUGAGGACUACAAGAACAUAACUGAUCGUCUCGCUAGGGCAUAUUCACUCUACAAGUUGUGGUGCCUGGCUGCAAACAAGAACCCUUCGUUGAAAGGCUUCACGAAAGCGAAUUUCAACUUUGCAAAGAUGUCUAAGUUUGCAUGGGUGAACGCUAAAGGAAGUGAAGUCACGAUGCUCAUGCAAUGGUUAGACUUCCUUGUGCCAAGCUUUGCAGCUGAACCGAAGCAGGCAAGCGAUCUUGUGUUCUUGCGAGCAGCAUCCCAAAUGAUUCGUGGGGGUUUGGAUUAUAUCGGGGUGAUGCAUAGUCAUGGCAUUUGGCUCCCAUUGAACUGCGGCAAGGUUCAGCUACAAGGGGGCUUGGUCUUCGCUCGAGGGUACGCCUUCUUAGCACAGCGCUGUAUGGAGCAGGGUUGCACUGGGUACAAUCUGCGGCCAAAACUUCAUUACAUGAUGCACCUACUCGUACACCUCAAAGCCCAGAUUGACAACAAUGCUCCAUGGGUGCUCAAUGAAGCACUACACCUUUGCGAAAGCAAUGAAGACUUUAUAGGGAAAUUGUCGAGGGUAAGUAGACGGGUUCAUGCUUCCCAAGCUGCGCUCCGAACAACGCAAAGGUACCUUGUGAAGGUACGUAUACUUCUUGAAAGGCUCCUUAAGUAG